CGGAGCUCCGAGAAAUGGAGCUCGAAAAUGCAGCAGAGGAGACGACGUCGUCGUCGCCGGUUUCAGGUCUCCUCCCUCUCGCAUCGGCCUCCCAACAACCCUACGUCUCCGAGCUCCUUUCCUUCACCCUCGAUCGCCUCCACAAGGAACCGGAGCUUCUUCGGGUCGAUGCGGAGCGGAUCAGGAGGCAAAUGCAAGAGGUGGCUGUGGGAAAUUACCGAGCAUUCAUUGCCGCAGCCGAUGCACUGAUUGCGAUUCGGGAGGAAGUUUCUUCUAUUGAUAAGAAUCUUGAAUCUCUGAUAAAUGAGAUCCCAAAGUUGACAUCUGGUUCCACCCAGUUCAUUGAAUCUGCAGAACAGAUUUUGGAGGAGAGGAAGAUGAACCAAACAUUGCUCGCAAAUCACAGUACUCUGCUGGACUUACUUGAAAUUCCUCAGCUUAUGGACACGUGUGUAAGAAAUGGAAAUUAUGAUGAAGCUCUUGACUUAGAAGCAUUUGUUUACAAACUUUCAACUAUGCAUCCCAAAUUACCUGUUAUUCAAGCACUAGCUGCAGAAGUCAGGCAGACAACCCAGGCUCUUCUUUCUCAGCUUCUCCAGAAACUUCGCUCAAAUAUUCAGUUACCAGAAUGUCUUCGUAUUAUUGGAUAUUUACGUCGGAUAGGAGUAUUUAGCGAGUACGAGAUGCGUUUGCAGUUUUUGAGGUGCCGAGAGGCUUGGCUUACUGGAAUUCUUGAGGAUCUGGACCAGAGAAAUCCUUAUGAGUACUUAAAAGGGAUGAUAAACUGUCACAGAAUGCAUCUUUUCGAUGUAGUUAACCAGUAUCGAGCAAUUUUUGCUGACGAUACAUCAGGAAGUGAGGAAAACUAUGAUGGUGGGCUUCUAUUUAGUUGGGCUAUGCAUCAGAUUACCUCACACCUUAAAACUCUUAAAGUCAUGCUUCCAAAGAUAACUGAAGGUGGAUCUCUCUCGAACAUCUUGGAUCAAUGCAUGUAUUGUGCCAUGGGGCUUGGUUGGGUUGGGCUAGAUUUUCGGGGGCUGCUUCCUUCGCUGUUUGAAGAGGCUGUUAUCAACUUAUUCUCAAAAAAUAUGAAUACAGCAGUUGAGAAUUUUCAGUUGGUCCUGGAUUCACAUCGUUGGGUCCCAAUGCCAGUAGUUGGUUUCCCAGCUUAUACUGUUGGCGAUGAUAGUCAGGAGGAUGUCACUCCACCACCUCAUCUGAUGGAACAUCCGCCUCUUGCUGUAUUUGUCAAUGGUGUGUCUGCAGCAAUGAACGAGCUACGUCCCUGUGCCCCAUUGAGUUUGAAACAUUUACUCGCUCAAGAAUUAAUUGAGGGAUUGCGGGCUGUUUCCGACUCUUUAUUGAGGUAUAAUACAGCUCGGAUGCUCAGAGAAAGUGAAUCUGGACUUUUCCUCGCUCUUUGCAGGGCUUUCAUUGAGGUUGUUUACCCACAUUGCGCCACAUGCUUUGGUCGUUGUUACCCUGGUGGAGCUACUCUUGUCAUGGAUGCAAAGAACAUGUAUGAUGGAAUUGGCCGCCUACUGAGAAUCUCUCCCUCAAGAGAUCCAAUCAAACCUGUCAAUAAUGUAGAGGGAAAGAGCAUCUCAGAAAAUGGUGACUUGCCCGUGGUGGAAAAUGGAGUUGUGCCUGGUGGCGAACAAACUGUGGGUGCCGAUGCCGAUGAAAAGGAGAAAAGUCCCACUUUGCAGACUGCCGAGAGGCACAGUGAUGAGUGAAAUGCCGAGAGCUGUGAAAAAUAUGACCGCCUCCAAUUUCUUAAAGCCCAAAAUAAGAGAGAAACAGAGAGGAGCGGAAGAGGAAAACUGGGUCUAAUUCAGUAGCUGUAAUUAUUUUGUUGAACGUUAAUUUCCCAAUUCUUUUUUUUUUUCUUUUGUUUUUGAAGGGAGCUGAAGACUAGAUGUAUAGUAGAACUGGAAGAAGAGGGCAUCAAUGAAGGAGUGAGAUGGAGGAAUUAUACAAGGACAGCAAAACUAGCUAGAGAACUUCAUUUUGUAUCAUUUGCAUUACGCAUUUAUCCCUGUUUUCAUUUAAGGCAAUUUGUUUUUGAACUCUGGCUAUAUACAUAUAUAUAGCACUACGCAUAUUUUGUUUGCCAAGGGGUUGAACAGUACGGAAGUCUAUAUACACAAAUAUGAAAUCUUGCUGUA